UGAUGUUUCAACCGGAGUCAGAUCAAAUGUCUCCAGUCGAACCCAAGUCUCCACCUCUGGACCUGAUUGACACAGGGAAGGGGCUGAAGGUCCAGACAGCCACCCCACAUCUGGUGAGCCUGGGCAGUGGAAGGCUCAGUGUGGCAAUCACCCUGCUGCCACUAAAAGAAGGGGUGACCCGUAUUGGCCGAGAAGAUGCUCCAAUUCCUCAAGAUAUCACUAUCCAGGGUCCUGGCAUCGAGGCGGAGCACUGUCUCAUCUUCAAUGAAGGAGGGGUGGUGACCCUUGACCCCUGUGGUCACCUCUGCAGUCUGGAUGGAGUACAGGUCACUGUGCCCACACCACUCACACAGGGCUAUUCCCUGUGUCUGGGUAAGUCUUAUUUCUUCCGGUUCAACCAUCCAGAGGAGGCGAGCAGAAUGAAGAGCAUGCUUCCACAAAAGAGCCCUGUGUCAGCUUUAGCCUAUAACACAGACUAUUUGAAGUUUAGCAGCGACUAUAGCCAUGCGGUUGUGGGCGGCACCAACAGUGCUCGGGGCAUGCGAUCAGCCUCCGAGCUCCGGGACUUGAUGGACACCCUGCAGCGCAAGAAGAUUGCCCUGGAGAACAGCCUGAGAGCCAACGGGAAUGCGAACCCCUCCUACUUCAGCGUGACACAGUCUCCCCCCACCUCACCUAUCACCAGUCCUACCACAUCCUCAUCAGCAUAUCAGGACCAGGCAAGGCGGUUCUAUGGCUCGGACCGUGCGCCCAUGUCUUUGAAGUCUCCUCCCUCUUUUUCCCCUGGACGACGAUCCGACCCUUCUUCUUCUCUGUCCUCCCGCACCUCGGCCAAUCGCAACCAGGACAACCUCGUCAUUAGCGAAAGCCGACGGCUGCACAACCCGGGCUCCUCUUCUUCACUGUCCACAUGGAAUGGCGGAGGCUCCUCCACCUCUGUUGAUGCUAGCAAUAGCUUCCUCCUGUCUCUUCCUCCCCCCUCCUCCUCCUCAUCCCGCACUCCAUCAACAGGAGGUGCAGCCAGCAUGCCCUCGAGCCCCCGUCUUGGCCGCCGUAGCUAUGGCAACCAAGAGCCAGUGCCCAGCAGUAGAACCAGGAAAUACUCAGCUGGCUCACUGAAUGGGCUGAUGGGAGGAGGGCACAGUCGCUCGCUGCCACGCCUCUGCCCGUCCCAAUCUCCCCGUGACAACAACAACGGAGCUAUGACCUUGUCAACGCUGCCCCCUCGUCGAUCCGAUGUUGCUGGCGGUUACAAAUAUAGCAAAGACCACUACAACAACAGUCAGAAUGCCAGCCCUGACCUCAACCACAACUCUAGUAACUCCAGCCAGCUUUCCUCCAACAGGAAUCAAAUUCAGAACACAAAUCAUGGAGAAAGUGUUGUGUCCAUCUCCCUCUCCUCCCCGAAGAACUUGCCCUCCACAACAGCCACUAUCUCUUCCCCACCGACCCCACCUGAUGUGACCAUCCCAUCCAAAACAGGGGGCUCCUCUUCUCCUCGCGUGGCCAAAAAACUCAGCCUGACUUCUACUAGCUCUGUGGGCUCCAUAGGCUGCACGAGUUCCAGCCCUCCAGAACUGGAACGGCUGGCAAGCCGUGGAGUCUCCGCAGGAGUGGGCCUGUCUUUCGGGGAGAGGGAGAGGAGAGGGGUAGGCCUAGAGCAUACUGGUUCCCCGGGGCUUGGAUUUGGAGAGAGGAGGUCUUCAUUUGGAAAGGCAGGGCUGGAACCUGGGAUGGGGCUGGGUGAGAGGAGGCAGUCGUUUGGAAAGGCAGGAGUGACCCCACCAGGAGGUUUCAGGGAAAGAAGGGGGAGUAUCAGCUCACUGAGCGGGAAGGAGGAACUGACCGACUACCACCAGCACCAAAAAGAGGAGAGGCUCCGUGAGCAGGAGGUGGAAAGACUGGAGCGACAGCGGCUAGAGACCAUCUUGUCUCUUUGUACGGAGCUGGGCCGGUCUGCGAGGGAUGAAGGAGGCACAGCUACAAGUCCCACUUCAGCUGUGGCGGAUCUCCAGAAGAUCAACCAGGAGCUUGAGAAGCUUCAACUGAACGACGACGACGAUGACGACACGCCAUCGGUCUUUUCAGACUCUUCAGCUGUUAAUGGAACGACGGGGAAUGGACACAUGGCCUCCCCUGGUUCAGAGAAUGGUUACUAUGAUGAUGAUCUACCGGUACGACGGAGGCGCAGCAGCGGUCACCGAGACAACAGGGCCGAAUCCCCCUCUGUCAGUCUGCGAAGCUUCGCCCCCUCACCUUCUCCACGUGCACACAGGACCAAUGAGGCUCUAGAUGAUGCAGCUCGUCGCCGCGGACAGGAACUGAGGCCUUCAGAGGAGGAAGUGAGGCGUGUGGAAGAGGAGAGGAUCCAGGUGCUGAACAACACGGAGGAGCUGGAGCAAAAGAUCAAAGAGCUGGACAACCAAAUCGAUGAAUCUGCCCAAGAGGUGGAGCUGGAGCGAGCUCUGGUGGAGGCUGAGCAGGAGUCGGAGGUAGCUGCUCUCCAGCAGGAGAAAGAAGCUCUGGAAUCACUUCACAACAAGAUUGCUGACCUCGAGACCAAGUCCCAGCAGGAAAAAGAAAAGGCGUGCGAGUUGCUACAGGCAGAAAGGGGCAGAGUAGAGAGGUUGGCUCAGAUUGUGUGUGAGCAGCGCUCCCAGCUGGACAGCUGCCCUGAGGCAACCAAGGAGCCCCUGCAGGAGCAGCUGGCCAGGGACUGCGAGGUGCUCGAUGCAGAGUCGAAGCGUUUUGAGGACCUGGAGUUUCAACAACUGGAGAGAGAGAGCAGGCAGGACGACGAGAAAGAGACCCAUACGCAGCAACAUCUCCGCGACAUAGCAAACUACCAGCGGAGCAGUGUCACUCGCAAGGAACGACUGUUAACUCUGAAGAAGCAGGCAACGCAGAUUACCCAGCAGGCUCAGCGUGAGAAGGAGAGCUUCUUGAAGGAGAGGAUCACCCUUGAAGCAAUGCUGCAAAGGGAGAAAGAAAACCUCAACAUGCUGGAAAGGAAAUAUGCUGACCUCACUGGUGGCAGAGGAUUGACUCUAAGGGAGGGCUAUGUCACAGUCAGUGAAAUCAAUGAGCUUUACUCACAUCUUGGGGCGGACCCUAAACCCACCCUUGCGCGCACUCUGGCCAAUGCCUCCCCUGAGUCCGAGGCAAACUCCUCCCCCGACGAGGACACUCCCAAACCACCGGAGGAUGAGCAUUUCCGUUUUCUGGAAGAGAAGAAGAGGUCUGAGAGAGAAGGGGGUUCCCAUCUAAGUGACACCUUACCCAGGAAGAAAACCACACCCAUCAUGACCCCCCAGUUUAUGUGUGCAACACUGGGACGCAGCUACCCAACCAAGGCCCAUCAUCCCUUGGUACAGAGCACAAGUUGUGGCAGCAUUCUCCCAAGAAUUUUCUCCUUAUCCAACAAGGAAACUGAAUCUCGCCGUCUGCAAAAAGGUCAGCCUGGCUCACGAGCAGCUUCCCAGACCAACGUCUACCUCGAUGCCUUUGGCUUCCGCGAAAACCAGGCCUUUGACACAAUGAGUGUCGAUAGCACGGAUUCCAUUGAAACCAGCAUCUCUGCUUGCUCACCUGAUAAUGUCUCCAGUGCCAGUACUUCAAAUAUGGCCAAACUAGAGGAGAUGGAGCGUCUGCUGAGAGAAGCCCAGGCAGAGAAGAGCCGCCUAAUUGAAUACAAGGAGCAAGAGAUGGAAGUGCGGAAGCAGGCACUGGAUGAGGAGAGGAAAAGACGGGAGGACCUGGAGAAAAGACUACAGGAGGAGACCAGCAGACGCCAGAAACUCAUCGACCGGGAGGUGAAACUGCGAGAAAAACAGAGGGCACAGUCCAGGCCACUCACGCGGUACCUGCCGGUGCGUAAGGACGAUUUUGACCUGCGGGCUCACAUUGAGUCGGCGGGCCACAGCCCAGACACAUGCUUCCACUUAUCCAUCUCUGAAAAGACCUGCCGUGGCUACUUGAUCAAAAUGGGAGGCAAAAUCAAAACCUGGAAGAAGCGCUGGUUCGUCUUUGACCGCAACCGACGCACGCUCUCCUACUACUCAGACAAACAUGAAGCCAAACUAAAAGGAGUCAUCUACUUCCAAGCUAUUGAAGAGGUGUAUUACGACCACUUGAAGAAUGCACAUAAGAGCCCAAAUCCCUCCCUGACCUUCAGUGUAAAGACCCAUGACAGAGUCUACUACAUGGUCGCUCCCUCUCCUGAGGCCAUGAGGAUCUGGAUGGAUGUGAUCGUCACAGGCGCUGAGGGUUACACCCAGUUCAUGGUGUAGUGAAGGAGCGGGCUAUGCCAAUGGGCUAGGACUCUUAGUGGCUUUUAAGCCUACGUUUUCUAUUCCUUUUUUUAACCUUGGACCUUUUUCAAUUUUCAGAUGGACGUUAAUUUCAUCAUUUGUUGAAGAAUAAACACAGUCUCUGUUGUGCAGAGACAACAGGCUUGAGUUACUCAAGAUAAUUUCGCUGUGCUUUAUCCGCCUCAUUUGCGGGAUUAAAAUUAAUAUGUUGAGCAUUCAUGUGAAAUUGUAGCAGAUACAAGAUAAUAAUUUGAACAAUUUCCUGCAGUCGCGUUCAAUCCCAGAGAUGUUAUAAACUUCAGGAGAUCUAAAAUAUGCUCUGGUGCACCAAUGUGCCUUAGAGUUAGUUCAGGUGUACCUCAAGGUUCUGCCUAAGCGUGAAGGAUAUACAUGUUAAAAAUAAAAAAUAUAUGAGAUUUGUACAACACAUUUCCUUCAGAGAACAGCACACUGUGACUCAGCAGCUCCUUUUUAGUUAGAUGAAGCUUAAAAUAUAUAAAAUAUUUUUAAUGUGGAUACACUAUUGGAAAAAGUGAUGCUGAGUCAGCCAGUUGGAGCUAGGACUACAUAACAGGAGAUGGGUUAGGAAACGCUAAGUGCCAUACAAAGCCUAAACCAUUUUAACAUGUCAUGGAAGAACUUGUGUUCUUUUGAGAUGGGUUUAAUCGAUUUAAGACAAUUUCAUGUCUACAGAAUAGAUAAUGCAUGUUCAUUUAGUAAAAGUAGUUAAGGAAAUGUAUUUAAAUAUUCAAGUUUUUUCAUCUUGAGAUCUUAUUUCAUGUAUCCUUACUGUGGCAUUCUCAGGUCUUCACUGUGUGCUUGGAUGUGCAUUUAUGCAUCACAUGAUCAUGUGUGAAUUUAUACACAUAUAUGCUAAGAAGUGCCUGUUUUUUGUGCAUACUCUACAUACGCUUAUAUUUACUGCGAGCUUCUAGUGUAGCUCCAAGGUGCUAUUCUUACCUGGUGAAUGACACUAAUAUUACAAGCCACCACCAGCAUAUUAAAAUAUUUCAAUUGGAGUGUAAUUAUGCAUUCAACAUGGUGAUUGUUAGUCAUUUUUUAAAUGGAUUGUUGUGCCGGGUUUACAAUAUUUUCACCACAGGCUCAGAAAAGAAGCUCUAUUAAACCAUAGUUAGGAUCAAGCUUGUUAUUUUAUAUUGUAAAGCGUUGGGUAAAUGAGCAUGAGGAACAAUUACUUUUAUUAAGCCACAAAAUUGUGAUAUUUGUACAUUUUGUUUCUAAGUUGUAGUUGGUUGACAAUAGUGAGGAAAUGAACCAUUAUCAACUCAGAACAUUCAAUCAUAUUUUUGUGCAACAGUAUUUUUUACAUGCAUAUUAUCUAUAUUUUUAAGAGAUACAAGUAUCUAUAUUCAACACCAACCUGUCUCUGGGGAGGAAAGUAUAUCUAAAGAAUCUAUGGUACACACACUUAAGAGUUAACCAAACUGAUUGUUUAUUGUGCUGCUUUGGUCCACUAGCUUUCAUUACACUGCUUUUAUUACCACUAUUUCAAUGUUUAAGUUAAAUUGACUAUUCCACAUGGAUUACUAAAGCUGCUUUUACAUUUCACAUCAUACUCCAUACUAUGUCUGAAUGAUUCAGUCCACUGAUUUGAUGCAUUUGUCAUCUUGCCAUUUCUUUUUGUCUAUUGACCAAAGUACAUGUUUAUGUGGUAUAAUGUAUAUGUGGUUACUUUGCUUUGACUUCUCUUUGUUCAGUAGAAUAAGAUCAAAAUGAUUUAUGUUUUUACAAUACAAGCACAUGGUUGUUUUCCACCAACUAGAGGAACUGUUACAGUGGAGGCUUCCAUGAGCUGUUUUUUUUUUUUUUUUUUUUUUAAUGACUAUUUUUUAUGUUGAUCCUACUGUAUUUAUACCAUUACCAAUGCAUGUUUCUUAAUUUUGUAUUUCCAUAUGAAUAAU